ACACCUCCAGGCUGAGUGAACUGGAGAUUCUUGUCUCCACCUAUGCAUCAAAACUGCAUUUGAGGACGCUUUCUUCGUUGAAACCCUCGUGAAGUACAACGCAGAAAUGGAUGCAGUCAAUCAUGCCGGCGAGACCCCGUUUUGUCUGGCUGUUGCGCAAAAGCAGUUUAAGACUGCAACUUUACUAUUAAAGCUGGGUGCCGAUGUGAAUCAUGUCGAUUAUGAGAACACCACAAUUCUGGGAACUCUUUUGACGCGUUAUGAUAACGUUUUGCCUUGUCUCAAAUACCUUCUUGAGCCCGGCCACCACUUAGAUCCCGCGAAUUUCAUUGUGGAGAGCCGUGGACAUAGCACCGCGCUUCACCUUGCCGCAGGAGCCAGGUACACCAAGCGUUUACCCAAUGAGUUGGCAGAAAUAAUGAGCUAUCUUCUCACUAAGUUUCCGUUCGAAGAACAUCUAGAAGCUAAAGAGAUCACAUCCGGCUUCACGCCCUUGUUUUGCGCUGUCUUGGGAAACAAUUUUGACGCAGUAAGAGCACUUCUUGCUACAGGAGCAAGCCUGGAUACGCAGGCAAACGCUGGAGUAUCGCUUCGGGGUGCCAAGUUCAUUUGGCUUUAUGGUCUGUCGCUGGGACUUUUCAAGGACGAAACUCAUUCCACGGAGGACGAAGCAUUCAUUCAGAAAUGGAAGAGGAUGAGUAGGAUACUUUUGCAGGCUUCAGAAGAGCCGGUAGUGCUUCCAAAGAAGAGGCAAAAGUCAGCGAAGGACGACCCUCUUUUUCGUUUUGAUGCAUUCAUGCAGAUUUCAACUUCUGCAGGACUGCAUUCUCCUGAAUCCGUUGGAGGGAUGGAUAUUUAUAAGUUGCCAGAAGAGGGGCUGUUGAAAGAUGAGGAGAAACUCAAACUUUUCGUGCCCAAAGAUUAUCUUGCCGAAGCGCUGGUGCUGACGAAUGACAAUAUCAAGCGCUGCCCUUUUAUUGUGGAGGCCAUCGGAUAUUUUUUGACGCGUCAGAAAAACAGGGAGCGGUAUGCGCUUACACUGUUAAUGCCCCAUGAGGGAGUUGUUAACUCACUCGGCGGUUUUCUGCAAUCAAGUCCUUCGGUACCGUUCAGUCAAAGACUUCAAAUUUGUUUGGAUAUUGUUACUGCAGUGCAGGUUGUUCAUGAAAGUGGCUUCACUCAUGGUUGUCUAAAUCCCAAGUUCCCAACAAUGUUUUCAUCCUUAGUGUCGAAGGUCGACCAGAAAGUUCCUACUGUUCCCAGCUAUGGAAUUUUGAAAAAUCUGUCAGUAUAGAAGACGACCCUUUGGACAAAAUCUACGUACGACAAGACAACGAUUUUGAUGCGACUGAAUGCAGAGAUCAGGAGCAAACGGCAAUGACGUUCGAGGAAUUGAAGAAAUGCGACAUUUUUUCCUUGGGAGCGCUGCUACUAUUCAUCUUUGGGAAUGGCGAGAUAAAUUCACCAGGAAGCGUCGAGUCAAAUCCAACAUACUACAAAACUGCCAUCACAAGGGCUAUAUAUGAAACGGAC